CUUUGCGUCAGUGUCGCGGGACGCGCUGUCAUCCGGCCGCUGCCGCACCGAGCGCGGCGGGGCCGCGGCGCCCGGGACACGUGAGGGCCGGGACAGCCACCGGCACCGGGACUGACACCGGGACAGAACAGGCGCGCGGCGGCCAUGGCCGGGAACAGCCUGGUGCUGCCGAUCGUGCUGUGGGGCCGGCGCGCCCCCACGCACUGCGUGUCCUCCCUGCUGCUCGUGGAUGGCUCUGUCAUCGUCACCGGCUGCCACGACGGGCAGAUCUGCCUCUGGGACCUGGCUCCUGACCUGCAGAUCAAUCCCAGAGCUCUGCUCUUUGGUCAUACAGCCUCAGUUACUUGUUUAUCCAAGGCCUCAGCUUCCAGUGAAAAGCAAUAUAUAGUGAGUGCAUCAGAGAGUGGGGAGAUGUGCCUGUGGGAUGUGAACGAUGGGAGGUGCAUCGAGUUCACCAAGCUGGCCUGUGCACACACGGGCAUCCAGUUCUACCAGUUCACGGUCGGCACGCAGCGGGAAGGGAGGCUCCUGUGCCAUGGGCAUUACCCUGAAAUUCUGGUGGUGGAUGCAACCAGCCUUGAGGUUCUUUACUCGCUGAUAUCCAAGAUCUCUCCUGACUGGAUCAGCUCCAUGGCCAUCAUCCGCUCCAACAGGACACAAGAGGACACUGUCGUGGCUGUGUCCGUGACUGGCAUCCUGAAGGUCUGGAUCAUCACCUCCGAAGUCAGUCGGAUGCAGGACACCACGCCGGUGUUUGAGGAGGAGUCCAAGCCCAUCUACUGCGAGAACUGCCAGAGCAUUUCCUUCUGCGCCUUCACGCAGCGCUCGCUCCUCGUCGUCUGCUCCAAGUACUGGAGGGUCUUUGAUGCUGGAGAUUAUUCCCUCUUAUGUUCAGUGCCCAGUGAGAAUGAGCAGACCUGGACUGGUGGGGACUUUGUGGCAGCUGAUAAAGUGAUUGUAUGGACAGAGGAUGGACAGAGCUUCAUCUAUAAAUUACCAGCCAGCUGCCUCCCAGCCAGCGAUUCGUUCCGCAGGGAUGUGGGGAAGGCAGUGGAGAACCUGAUGCCACCUUUGCUGUACAGCGUGUUGGACAGGGCAGAGAAACAGCUCCUGAUAUGUCCUCCAGUGACUCGCUUCUUCUGUGGCCAGAGAGAGUUUUCCUACAGGCUCUUAAUCCAAGGGGACUCCUCAGGGAGGCUGUGCAUUUGGAGCGUGCCCGACACCCUUGAGCAGCAGCAGGGUGCCAAAGGCCUACAAGCAACCACGUCCAGGUCCCUGCAGGAGGCCUUUGACCAGCUGAGCCCGCGGCCCGCGGGGAUCAUCGACCAGCUGAGCAUGGUGGCCAACGCCAGCGAGCCGCUGCGCGUCACCGCCAGCGUCUACAUGCCGGCCCACGGGCGGCUGGUGUGCGGCCGCGAGGACGGCAGCAUCGUCAUCGUGCCCGCCACGCAGACCGCCAUCGUGCAGCUGCUGCAGGGGGAGCACAUGCUGCGCCGAGGCUGGCCCCCCCACCGCACGCUCCGAGGCCACCGGAACAAGGUCACGUGUCUGCUGUACCCUCACCAGGUGUCCUCCCGCUACGACCAGAGGUACCUCAUCUCAGGAGGGGUGGAUUUCUCCGUCAUCAUCUGGGAUAUCUUCUCGGGAGAGAUGAAACAUAUCUUCUGUGUCCACGGCGGAGAGAUCACCCAGCUGCUGGUUCCACCAGAAAACUGCAGUGCCCGAGUCCAGCACUGCGUUUGCUCUGUUGCCAGCGAUCACUCCGUGGGCCUGCUGAGCCUGAGGGAGAAGAAGUGCAUCAUGCUGGCAUCCCGCCACCUGUUCCCCAUCCAGGUGAUCAAGUGGAGGCCAGCUGAUGACUACCUGGUGGUGGGCUGCUCCGACGGCUCCGUGUACGUCUGGCAGAUGGACACCGGGGCGCUGGACCGCUGCGUGAUGGGCAUCACGGCCGUGGAGAUCCUGAGCGCCUGCGACGAGGCCGUGCCGGCGGCCGUGGACGCGCUCAGCCACCCCGCCGUCAACCUGAAGCAGGCCAUGACCCGCCGCAGCCUGGCUGCCCUCAAGAACGUGGCCCACCAGAAGCUGCAGACCCUGGCCACCAACCUGCUGGCUUCUGAGGCCUCAGACAAGGGGAAUUUACCCAAAUACUCCCACAACUCCCUGAUGGUUCAGGCCAUCAAGACGAACCUGACGGACCCGGACAUCCACGUGCUGUUCUUCGACGUGGAGGCGCUGAUCAUCCAGCUGCUGACCGAGGAGGCCUCGCGGCCCAGCGCCGCCCUGGUGUCCCCGGAGAACCUGCAGAAGGCGCCCGGCGGCGCCGACAAGGGCGGCUCCUUCCUGGCCGGCAAGCGGGCGGCCGUGCUCUUCCAGCAGGUCAAGGAGACCAUCAAGGAGAACAUCAAGGAGCACCUCCUGGAUGACGAAGACGAGGAUGAGGAGGCCGUGAGGCAGAGGAGAGAAGACGGCGACCCGGAGUAUCGCUCCAGCAAAUCCAAACCGCUGACUCUGCUGGAGUACAACCUGACCAUGGACACGGCCAAGCUCUUCAUGUCCUGCCUGCACGCCUGGGGCCUCAACUCGGUGCUGGACGAGCUGUGCCUGGAUCGCCUGGGCAUGCUGAAGCCGCACUGCUCCGUGUCCUUCGGCCUCCUGUCGCGGGGCGGCCACAUGUCCCUGAUGCUGCCCGGCUACAACCAGCCCGUGGGCGGGGCGGCCCUGCAGCAGCUGGGCAGGAAGGUGUCGGUGAGCGAGGGCCCGGGCAAGGGCACCUACGGCGUGUCCCGGGCCGUCACCACGCAGCACCUGCUGUCCGUCAUCUCCCUGGCCAACACGCUGAUGAGCAUGACCAACGCCACCUUCAUCGGGGAGCACAUGAAGAAAGGGCCCAGCAGGCCACCCAGGCCGGGCACCCCCGAGAUGGCCAAGGUGAAGCCGCCCCCUCCCGUGUCCAGCCAUGCAGCACAAGGGCAAAUCAAACAAGUUGCUCCUGCUGCUGCUUCCAGCACGGAAUCUGGGCACUCUGACACUUCUGCUUUCCAUUCCUGUUUCUUAGUCAACGAAGGCUGGAGCCAGCUGGCUGCCAUGCACUGCGUGAUGCUGCCCGACCUGCUGGGGCUCGAGAAGUUCCGGCCGCCCCUGCUGGAGAUGCUGGCCCGCAGGUGGCAGGAUCGCUGCCUGGAGGUGCGGGAGGCGGCGCAGGCGCUGCUGCUGGCCGAGCUGCGCAGGAUCGAGCAGGCGGGCCGCAAGGAGACCAUCGACACCUGGGCCCCCUACCUGCCCCAGUACAUGGACAGCGUCAUCUCCCCUGGAGUGACCACAGAAGCCCUUCAAAGUGCCAGUGCCCCCCCAGAUCCCUCAGGAGCAGAGGCCAAGGUGCAGGAGGAGGAGCACGACCUGGUGGAUGAUGACAUUGCAGCAGGCUGCCUGGCAGGGCUGCCCCAGCCCAAGAAGGUGUCCACGUCCUACGAGGAGAGGCGCAAGCAGGCCACGGCCAUCGUGCUGCUGGGCGUCAUCGGCGCCGAGUUCGGAGCCGAGAUCGAGCCGCCCAAGCUGCUGACGCGGCCCCGCAGCUCCAGCCAGAUCCCCGAGGGCUUCGGCCUCACCAGUGGGGGAUCCAACUACUCCCUGGCCAGGCACACCUGCAAGGCGCUGACGUUCCUGCUGCUGCAGCCGCCCAGCGCGCGGCUCCCGGCGCACAGCACCAUCCGCCGCACCGCCAUCGACCUCAUCGGCCGCGGCUUCACCGUCUGGGAGCCCUACAUGGACGUGUCGGCCGUGCUCAUGGGGCUGCUCGAGCUCUGCGCCGACGCCGAGAAGCAGCUGGCCAACAUCACAAUGGGGCUGCCCCUGAGCCCCGCGGCCGACUCGGCGCGCUCGGCUCGCCACGCGCUGUCCCUGAUCGCCACCGCCCGCCCGCCCGCCUUCAUCACCACCAUCGCCAAGGAGGUGCACAGGCACACGGCGCUGGCGGCCAACACGCAGUCGCAGCAGAACAUCCACACCAGCACGCUGGCCCGCGCCAAGGGCGAGAUCCUGCGCGUCAUCGAGAUCCUCAUCGACAAGAUGCCCUCCGACGUCGUGGACCUGCUGGUGGAGGUGAUGGACAUCAUCAUGUACUGCCUGGAAGGAUCUUUAGUUAAGAAGAAGGGUCUUCAGGAAUGUUUUCCAGCCAUCUGCAGGUUCUACAUGGUGAGUUACUACGAGCGCAGCCACCGCAUCGCCGUGGGAGCGCGGCACGGCUCCGUGGCACUCUACGACAUCCGCACGGGCAAGUGCCAGACUAUCCAUGGCCACAAGGGACCCAUCACUGCCGUGGCGUUCGCCCCCGACGGCCGGUACCUGGCCACCUACUCCAACUCUGACAGCCACCUCUGCUUCUGGCAGAUGAACACCUCCCUCCUGGGGAGCAUCGGCAUGCUCAACUCCGCACCCCAGCUGCGCUGCGUCAAGACCUACCAGGUGCCGCCGGUGCAGCCGGCCUCGCCCGGCUCGCACACCGCGCUGCGCCUGGCCCGCCUCAUCUGGACCUCCAACCGCAACAUCAUCCUCAUGGCCCACGACGGCAGGGAGCACCGCUUCAUGGUCUAGGUGAGCCUGGCAGGGCUGGGAGCACCGCUUCAUGGUCUAGGUGAGCUUGGGUACAGGGCUGGGAGCAUGGCUGAAUGGUCUGGGUGAGCCUGGGCUGGGCUGGGAGCACCGCUUCAUGGUCUAGGUGAGCUUGGGUACAGGGCUGGGAGCAUGGCUGAAUGGUCUGGGUGAGCCUGGGCUGGGCUGGGAGCGCCGCUUCAUGGUCUGGGUGAGCCUGGGCUGGGCUGGGCAGGGAGCACCACUUCAUGGUCUGGGUGAGCCUGCUGGGCACCAAGAGCCAUGCCAGAACCGUGCCAGGGAGCACUGGGACCUGGGAGGGGCCUGCCAGGGUCUGAGGGACUCAGCUGGGAUCUGAAGGGCUCAGGUGGGAUCUGAGGGGCCCAGCCGGGAUCUGAGGGGCCCAGCCAGGAUCUGAUGGGUUCAGCCGGAAUCUGAGGGGUUCAGCCAGGAUCUGAGGGGCUCAGGUGGGAUCUGAGGGGCCCAGCCAGGAUCUGAGGGGCUCAGGUGGGAUCUGAGGGGCUCAGGUGGGAUCUGAGGGGCCCAGCCGGGAUCUGAGGGGCUCAGCUGGGAUCUGAGGGGCCCAGCCGGGAUCUGAGGGGCUCAGCCAGGGUCUGAGGGGCUCAGGUGGGAUCUGAGGGGCCCAGCCGGGAUCUGAGGGGUUCAGCCAGGAUCUGAGGGGCCCAGCCAGGAUCUGAGGGGCUCAGGUGGGAUCUGAGGGGCUCAGGUGGGAUCUGAGGGGCCCAGCCGGGAUCUGAGGGGCUCAGCCAGGGUCUGAGGGGCUCAGGUGGGAUCUGAGGGCCCAGCUGGGAUCUGAGGGGCUCAGCCGGGAUGUGAGGGAGCCCAGCCCGGGUCUGAGGGCCCGGCCCAUCUCUGCCGGCCGGCUGGUGGCACUGACAGCCUGGCCGUGCCUCCAGCAGGAGGAGGGCGCGGGGGCCGCCCCGCUCCGCUCCGAGCGUGCCCGGCACAGCGGGAGCAGGAGCAGCUCCUCCCGAAGCCGGCUGAGCCCGGCCCCUCGGCGCUGGAUAUCACCCGAGCCCUUUUCCCUGCGGAGCCUCCCCGAAUGUCAGUGUUUACCAAAAAGGCUCGUGUUUACAUGGACGUGCUGCUGGUGACCGCGGAACGCUGCCCCCCGAGCCAGGGACCUGCCUGGGAAUGGGGCUGGAAUGUGGGGCCGUGGCCUGGGCCGAUCCCAAGGGGUGGAGGCUCCUUCCUGAGGGGAUUGGAAGUGCUGCUGUGCCCAGGCUGAAGGAAAAAUGAGAGUCCACGUGUAAAUAAAUAAUUUAAAAAUCCUGUUCAAUGGCAGACUUGGAAAAAAGCAGUAUUUAUAUAGAAAGGUGGUUUUUGCCACCGGUGCAGGUAUUUAUUUAAGUAAAGGACAAAGGGGGCCAUUUUGAAUGGAAAAAAUGAUCCAAAUUGUGGAAAAAAUGAAUUAUUGACUGGAUGUACUGAAAUAUUUCCUUCAGUAGGAAUAUUCCUGUGUGACACUCGCUGUGACUGUGUUUCCUUCUUACAUAUCUAAUUCUGUGGAAUAUUCUGUGUGAAAUUUUCUGGUUUCUGCUCAUGGCAAAGAGAAAAAAAAUCUCUCAAAUCCUUUUAUUUCAGUAUCUCUGUUUGUGCAGCUUUUCCUUGGCCGCAGAGCUCAGACCUGAGGCUGGCACUACCUCCUAAGCUAAUCAUGGUACUUGUUCCAAAAACGAAGGAAUUCAUUUUUCACAUGGCUCCAAAAGAGGAAAUGAAUGUGUUUUGUUCUGCUUUGGGUGAUGUGUGUAGUGCCCAGGUGGGAUUUGCAGCCAGCCCAGAAGCUCCAUAUCUCUGUGCUGUUCCAGCAGAGUUCCAGCCAGGGGGCUCAGGGCCUGAGGAGGGUUGAACUCAAGCUGCUGGAGGUGGCUGUGUGCCAGGGCUGUUGCCCAUCCCUGCUGCCAGCUUUGCGUGUCCCUGGCGCUGCUUGGCCUCAUCCCUGUGCCUGUGGAGGUGUCCCUGGAUGAGAGGGGGGGAAGAAGUCACCCUGGGAUGGUCCCAGUGUCUGCUUCUCCACCAGUCCCUGCCCUCUGUGGAUCAACAUUCCUGGUGUAAAUAUGCUUGUGGAAUAAAACUGGACUGAAACGUG